AUACAUAUAUAUAUACAUAUACAUAUAUAUUUAUGUAAACCGAAGUGGACUUGCGCUGGUUUCUCAACUUGCAAUGGAAGGAGCACCACCGCCAAAGCCGCGUCGGACACGACAUAGAAUCAGUGCCAUGCACUAUGAGUCCUUGCCCACGGCUCCGCCUGCCAUGUGUGGACGGACCGAUGAGAACAUCUUCCAAUUUCCCGCUGUGGCCUCACGGGCACGCAAUCUCUCUGCUUCGCCCAAACUGCGCGAGGAGAAGGAUUUGCCCGUGUGCGAGCAUGGAAAGCACAGUUGUAGCUUCUGCCAACCUUACCGAGCGGAUCGUGGCACGAUUGAGCCGCUCAAGAAUCGGCUGAACACUGCCAUUGAGGCCAUGGAUCAACUAACUCGCACGUGUGCAAUGCUUGAGGGCCUGCUGGAGCAGAAACUGGCCACCAUCACGGACAAUGACGAGGAGUCGGCAACCGAAAUGGAAUCGGAUAAGAUAGCCCUUAAUGCUGCUUCAACUUCAACUUCAACCUCCACUCUGACUGCAGCAACUGCUCCUGCUGGUGCAGAAGGUCCAGCCACAUCCACACCCACCGCCGACACCGAAUUCGAAUUGGAGCACACGUUGACCUGGCUGGAAUCCCUAUUGGGCACGGAGGUGGUGCCACCCACAAAGCAUGGCAAAUUCAAGCGAAUACGCGAGCGCAGUAAGUCCAUGAUGGAGGAAGAGAUAAACAUGUAUUUAAAGGGCGACCGGCAGCUGAAGAACUCCUCUCGGCCAUAUUUGCUGCGCCGGCAGAGCACCUACAGCGACAACAAGUCCAAGGUCUCCAAGUGGACCAAGGUGAAGGCGGCUUUCAAGUGGGAGCGUGCCAAUGUGCCGCCCACAGCUGCUCACGAUUCCAACACAUUGAUGCCACUCAAUCUGGAAGUAGAAAGGUAUUUAAAGGUGCCAAUAAGCGGCGCUGGCGGCAGCAGCUCCGCGGACAGCAUCAUCAGCUCCUCGUCGGGACACUUUUUGAGCGAAACGGGCGGCACUCCUGGCACCAUCAGCUCGGCCAGCUCCUUGGAUGAGCUGCAAGUGGAUGCGGGCAGUCGCCAGCCAAUGCGACGACAUUCUUCUAAGGGUGACACGCGCCCCUCCAGCUACGAAGUGGAGCUGCGUAAGUCGGCCACGGAUGAGCGCUUGGAUGCGGCCAAGUGCACGCUGCCCAGCAAAUCGUCAUCGAACAAAUCUCUACGUCGCUCGCGAGCCUUCUCGGACUUUGAGGUGCUACCCGAGGAUCAUGUGGCGGACAUUAAGGCGACGACCAGUCGCCGGAACAAGCUGCCGCCCAGUCCGCUGAAUCUCAAUCAGGUGUGCAGUGAUCUGCCGCAGCUGCAUUCGCCGCUUAAGAGUCCCAAGGAUGGAUCACGUAUGCGUCAAGUGAACUCGCCGGGCAACUCCUCGGUGCCGAGCAGUCCAUCCAGGCAUUCGGAUUUCUUUGGUGAAUUUGAGAGCGAGGAGCUAUCAAGUGGAGUUUCCUCGGAGCCCACGACGCCAAACUGUAAGACUUUCACACAGAACGAAGAUGAAGUAUUUCAACAUUAUCAACUUCUACUACUCAAACUAGAUAUGGAGUUCAAGCACAAGCAAUGCGAACUAAAGCGAGCUAGCGCGAGCAAUCGCAGCGUCAAGCUCAGCAGUGGUGGUCCGGGCAGCGUCAGUGGCAGCGGCAAGCGCAGCAGCGAGGAGCAUUCACCCACGCAGCUGCUGCACAGUGAUCUUAUGUCCACCGAACAGCUCGAGCAGAAUUUGACGCCGCAGUUCAAGAAGAAGCUGCACAAAUGGCGGGCCAAGCAGCAGAGCUCCAAUUGCUAUGUCAGCUCCGAGCCAGCGGCGAGUCCCACAGCCAAGAGUCUUAGUGGCGGCGAUAUAAAGCCCAAAAUCGACUGGAAUCUUUGGAGCUCGGGUGCCCUGAAGUUUGAGGGUCAGGGCCUGUGCGCGCUGCCAGACCAAAAGGAUUUACCUGAAAAGUUUCAAAAGAAGCUGGAGCAAUGGAACCGCCUGAAGUGUACGCCAGCCGGUGGCACCAACUCUGACAAUGAUUCCCUCAAACGUAGCUCCAAGCACAAUCAGUCCAGCCGGCGAGGCUCUGAUGAUGAUCGCUGGUACAAGCACAAGCCGCACGAAAAGGAAAAAUUGGCACGCCUCAAAGCCAUCGUGGCACCGGAUCAUACAUCUAAGAAUAUUGAGGUGAAGACCUCAGAUGGCGAGGUGAGAAAAUUCGAGGGCAUCUCUCGCAAAUUUACACGCAAGCUUUACGAGUGGGAGAAGGCCAGAGGCAUUGGACCGGAGGCCUCCACCUUUGCACUGCUCCAUCCUGGCUACAGUCCUUUAUAUGUGGGCCUCAUCAACAAGGAGUGCAAUAAGAACAACCCCGAACACUCACCGACGCUGAGCCGCUCAUUAUCCCUGGAUAGUGUGGCGCCCAACGGCAAUCAGGCACCGGUCAUAUCGCAGCAGGCCUCAUCCUUGUCGCUAAACGAUGUUAACGAUUUUAAGGAGAUGCAGGACUGCACAGAUUCGGCGGAUCAGGAGUUCAAGAAGUACGACGAGCCCGAGGCAGUAAUGGUCGAGGUGGAGGAGCACAUACACGACACCGCCUCACCGCUGGUUACCGCCCACACUCUGGUCGAGCAGCAAACGCCCAUCUACAAGUACGAGGAGGUGCAGUGCAAUGACUAUGUCAACUCGCGUCGGGUUCAGAGCUUUGAGUCGCACACGAACCUGGCCCCGCUGCUGGGUGCACUGAAACGUGCCGACGAGCUGUUUGUCCGGCUCAAGCAGGCCACCGCCGACAUCGUGGAGCAUGUGGAAAUGCGGGAUUGCCAGGCGACCUUGCUGAGCAUUCGCAGUAUUUAUCUAUACUACUCGAACAAUUUGAUGAAGCCGAACGUGUUGAAUGCUGUGUCCGAUGUUCAGAGUGACCUGGGCCGUCUGGCCGAGCUGAUUGUGAAGUCGCCGCUGGAUGAGGCAUGUUGUCAGGAGACAAUGGCGGAGCGCACGACCGAGUACUUGGAGGAGCUUCAGGGUCUACACGAAUCGCUACUUUGCCUAAAGUUGAGCAUACAGGGCGGUUCGACUCGUUUCCCCCGUGACGUUGUGCCGGACAUCAACAUAACUGCCGAGGACGGGCAGCAGCUGGAGAGCAGCUCUACGUAUGCCACUGGCGAUGCUUCUAGUCGCGAUCAUCUGACGCUGGAUGAGCACAGCGCCGCCUCGCCCUCCCCUUCGCCCAGGGAGCACGAGACCGAGACAAGCACCACGACAGGCACUCUCUGCCGAGCGAGCAGCUCCGUGACUGCAUCGAAGAAAAAGCUGCGCCUGCGCAAGAUGGGCUCGCGCCAGAAUAGCAAAACCGAGAGCGAUAGCAGUGAUGCGGAUUCACAGAGUGUGCUGGAGACACCGCGACGCAUACGCCGCAAGAACUUCCGGCUGAAGCAGCGAUCACUAGAUGAUGAUUUUCGCCUGAGCUCUGUGACAACGGCUGGCCAUGCGCCAUCGGCCGAGCCAGAGGAAAUCAUUUGCAGUUCGCUGAAAGUGAAGCCCGGCGAGCGCAUCGAGGAGUCACACAGCAUUGCCAGCAGUAUUGCCCAGCCGAUUGCCAAGCAAACUGGCUUCGUGCCACCGCCGCUGCCCGAGCAGCAUGCACGCAGCUACAACACCAAUGCCAAUGUGUUUGUGAAGACCAAGCGCAAGCUGUUCACUGCAGUGCCGAAGCCCAAUGCUGCCGAGGGCAUAGCUCUCAUAGAGAAGGAGCUGGAGAGCCCCACCUAUAGCGUCGAGGAGGCACAGUCACCCAAAACCAAGGCGCCAACUAAGCCGACUGCGCCACGUCCGCUAAGUCUAUAUAAAUCCAUCAGCCUGGAGCGCUUGUCGCCUCUGCGAGCCAAGGAUGAGCUGCGCAAGUGCCAGAGCGCCAACGAUGUGCAUCGAUCGUCCAUUCCGGUGCGUGCUCCACUUGCUAGCGAUAGCAUUAAAUGCCUGACGCGCUCGAAGCGUCACCUGGGCAUGCCCGCAUUUCCCCAAGUGCCUCCGCGCAAAGCGCAUCUCUACAAGAAGAACUCGCUGCACAAGUCGCAGAGCGCCACAGUUGGCAACAACAUUGAGCACAAAAUUGCCAAGACCAGCUCUGGAUCCUCGGUGAGCAAGGCCUGGCCAGCAGCGACGUCCAUAGUAUUGCCCAACAAGCAGGACAAUACGCUACCGCGCAUACAGCGCAAGCUGGAGGUCAAGGGAAAGGUUAUGCACACCCCAACCAAGGCGAAGCAUUUCGAGUUUCCAACAUCCAUUAUGGAGCCCCAGCGUCCGAUGACGCCGCUCUCCGAGCGCGCCUUGCGACUGCAGCAGGCCAAGGCAGAGUUUUUGCAGAGUGCACCAGUGACGCCCAGGCAGGAGCCGCUGACUCCCAUAGCUGUGAACGAUGUGACCUUGCACAAGAGCGUCAGUGCUGGCAGCAUGCGGGGCGAUGUGGGCUGCUCGACAGAGCAGCUGCAGCAGCGAUCACAACAAGAAGUGACUACGGAUCAGGAGAGUGUCAGCAACUCCAGCGCCUACGAUAGCUUGCCGCGCGCUGUCACCCGCUCGGCGCGGAUCUCCAGCAAACUGGGCUUUGCCACGCUGGCCUCCAAGUUGCGUCGCGGCGGCAAGAAGCCCAAGGAUCCACCGGCUCCCAUGCCGCCGGGCAGUGCACUGUCCGCACUCUGUCGCCAAACACUGAUGGCCGAUUUGGUCAUUGGUGGCGAACGCCCACCACCCAGUCCCUCGGCGUCCACAUCCACGCCCGCUCGCAAUGUGCUCAAGUCUCAGAGCUCACCACAAGCGGCCAUAUCGAAUUUGCAUGCCAGCUACGAGGGCCUCAACAAAUCCCUAAGCGAGCAGUAUGUGCGCCAGCUCAAAGAGAGCGACGUCUAGUCAGCGCUAUAAAGAAGCACCUCAGUCCUCUAAGUCUAGAUCAUCAGAUUGGCUACCAAACAGCUUACCAAAUAUAUUAUAAAACACAAUA